AUGGCGGAAACAAAAGCUUCGAUCGAUAUUGAGAGACCCGCGAGUCAGCGGACGCUCACGCCUUCUUACACUGGUAGUGCUGCGAAGAAGGAUGAAGAGAAUGCUACGAAAGAAGACAUCGCUCAGCCUGAAGACCCAAAUGCUGUUGGCUGGGAUGGACCAGAUGAUCCUAACAAUCCCAUGAACUGGCCUGCGAAGAAGAAAUGGACUUGUAUUGGUGCUCUCUCCGUCAUGACCCUCCUAACACCUCUCGGCUCAUCAAUGUUCGCUCCCGGCGUCCCAGACAUCAUGCGCGAAUUCGAAACCUCCAACCGCAACAUCGCCACCUUCGUCGUCUCCGUCUACGUCCUCGGCUUCGCAUUCGGUCCUCUCCUCGCCGCGCCCCUAAGUGAGAUCUACGGCCGCGCCAUCGUCUUCAACAUCGCCAACGUCCUCUUCCUUAUAAUGACCGUCGCUACGGCGCUGAGCCAAAACAUGCCCAUGCUUAUUGUGUUUCGCUUCUUGAUGGGCUUCACGGGCUCGACGCCUGUUACUAAUGGAUCGGGGACUAUAUCGGAUAUCUUCCCGGUGCAGGAGAGAGGUAAGGCUAUGGCUGUCUGGGCCAUGGGACCGCUGCUGGGUCCGUGUAUUGGACCGUUGGCGGGCGGGUAUAUGGUCGAGGCUAUUGGAUGGCGAUGGGUGUUCUGGCUGAUUGCUAUUCUCACCGGUUUCAUCGCUGCGCUGUGCUACUUCGCCGCCCCAGAGACAUACGCCCCAACCCUCCUCCGCGCUAAGGCCGCCAAACUCAAGAAAGAAACCGGCAACCAAGACUUAUACUCCAUCCUCGACAAAGACGGCCUCACGCCCAAAGAACGCCUCAGAAACGCCUCCAUCCGCCCCAUGAGAAUGCUCUUCACCCAUCUCCCCGUCUUCAUUCUCUCCCUCUACGUCGCCAUCGUCUACGGCGUGCUGUAUCUCAUGUUUAGCACCUUCACUUUUGUAUUCGCGCAGCAAUACGGUUUCGGCACUGGUACUAUCGGUCUGGCGUAUCUCCCUACCGGUAUCGGAAUGCUGCUUGGUACAAUGACGUUUGGGGUCUUGACGGAUGUUGUUAUUAAGAAGAAGAUUGAGCAGAAUGGUAAGACAGUGCCGGAAGAUCGGUUGCCGAUUUGGAUGACGUUGCCGUCGGGAUUGCUUAUUGUGGGGUCGUUGUUUUGGUAUGGUUGGGCGGCGGAUCAGAAUACGCAUUGGAUUGUGCCCAUGAUUGGCGUUGCGCUGUUUUGCUUUGGUCUCAUGGGAAUUAUGAUGUGUCUUCAAACUUACCUCGUCGAUGCAUACAUCACCUACGCCGCAUCAGCCGUCGCCGCAAUGACAGUCCUCCGAUCUCUGGCUGGUGCUAUGCUUCCUCUCGCUGGGUUGUCUAUGUACGAUGAUCUCGGCCUCGGUUGGGGAAAUAGUAUCCUUGCGUUCUUGGCGCUGGCUCUUGUACCUGUUCCCGUCAUCUUCUUCUUGUACGGACCCAAGAUUCGAGCCAAGAGCCCGAACAACCUUGAUUAG